CUUUCUCUACUUUGUUUAAACAUGCCCAAUAAUAUAUCUUGCCAUGUGUUAACAGACGCUUUAACAACGCUGGCAAAGAAUACAUCUCCCUCCAAAAAAAGUAAUGUCACUAUUCCACGAACUCAACAUACGUCGUAUCUCGCAGAUACUGCAGAGGCAGUCAGAGAAGUCGCCAAAAAGAUUGGAAAAACAAGAGUUAAAUGGGAGCACGCUCAAUGUGUCAUGAUCAUUACAAAACCUGGCGAUUGCUCAUUGAUUAGAAUGACUCGUGAAAUGGCCUUAUACUUGAUUGAAACACCUCGAUAUGGGACAGACAGUGGAAUCACAGUUUAUGUUGAUGAAAAACUCAGGGAAUCCAACCGCUUUAAUCUUCCCAAGAUAAUUAAAAAACAUCCUUUGGCAUCCGAAAAGCUCAAAUUCUGGACACCCGAAAUUUGUGUAUUAAAACCUAAAUCAUUCGACUUUAUCAUCACACUCGGUGGUGAUGGUACAGUGUUAUUCUCAUCAUGGUUGUUCCAAAACUAUAUUCCUCCCGUCAUUCCAUUUCAUUUAGGUUCGCUUGGUUUCUUAACACCCUUUGAUUUCGGUAGAUAUAAGCAUCAUUUACACAGCGCCAUUGAACGCGGGGUACGUAUCAAUCUGCGUGGUCGCCUAACAUGUACCGUCUACCGCCGUGUUCCUCACCCCGAUUGCAAAUCACCAGAAGAAGCCAAAGCUGUCCAGUUAAGAAACGUCGUACGUGAUCCUGUUACCGGCAAAUUUUCCGUAGGCGGCUGGUGCCAAGAAUUAAAAAAACGUCAGCAACAAGAAGCAGACGGUAAACCCAAAAAAUUUGGUGAAGUAGAUGGAGAUGAUAUUGAAGAAGAAGAAGAGAUUUGGCAAGAUGCCGAAACUUCCCCUCCUUCCGCUGCAGCAAUAGGGGGGGAAGAACGUCAAGUGCCUUGCUUUACCACUAUUCCCGUAGAGAAAUAUCACGUCAUUAAUGAUUUAGUGGUGGAUCGUGGUCCUAGUCCUUACGUGUCCCUAUUAGAAUUAUUUGGGGAUGAUAAACAUUUAACCACCGUACAAGCUGAUGGUUUGGCCAUUUCUACACCUACCGGCAGUACCGCUUAUUCCCUUUCUGCUGGUGGAUCAUUAACACACCCUGAUAUUCAUGCUAUCUUAAUCACACCCAUUUGUCCUCAUACACUUUCUUUCCGUCCCACGCUAGUACCUGACUCUAUGGAAUUACGUAUCUGUGUCCCAUUUAAUUCUCGCAACACUGCCUGGGUCAGUUUCGACGGCCGUGGCCGAGUAGAAAUCCAACAGGGAGAUCAUAUUAAAGUCACGGCUUCUCGAUUUCCUUUCCCGACAGUGUGUAAAGAAGACCAAGCAACCGAUUGGUUCAAUUCACUUCAAAACUGUCUUCAUUGGAACAAACGUGAACGUCAAAAAUCUUUUGCUGUGGUUGAAUCCCAUGCUACAAGAUCCAAAUCUUCUUCGAGAAGUAAUAGUCAUCCUCAUUUACCCAGUUUAGCUUCUCCUAGAAACGGAUUAGCUCCCUUGUCUCGUCAUGAUACCCCUUCUCCACCCAUUACUGCUACUCAUCAUCAUCAGGGCAGUACGCGUAAAUCUUCUUCUUCCUCUUCCUCUGUAGGAUCUUCCGAUGCAGGCCAAGAUGAAGUCUUUGGCAUGUUUUAUGACGAUGAUCGUCACCGUGGGAGCAGAAGAAAUAGUCAUCGUCGUGCUAGCUCCAUAGAAGAUAACCUCAGUGUCUCCAGCUUGGAUUCGUUUGACGAGACAGAUGAGAGCGAUUCGGAUAUUUCAACUCCCGAUGCAUUUACCGGCUGGUCGGAUGAAGAAAUCAUCAAAGCACGGUAUAUGGCUCAUAUUACCAAAGAAUUAGAACGCACAGCACUUAAAAGUGAUCCAUAA